UGGCCCGUGCAUGCACCCCGCGCCACUCUACGAAAAAUCGACGCUGCGUUUGUCUGACCUUUCACGCACGCUUUCUUUCUGCCUCCCCCGGCUGUUGUACGUUCCUCUCACUGUGCUGCGCCCUCGUCUCUCUCAGUUUGCGGAAUCACGGCGCUCCACCGCACGACGUAGCUUGCGAAUUCACCAGGGCCUAUCGAUAAGGCAGCCUUAGCGGGGCAAUUUGAGUCUCACGAAAUUUCGUCGCCCCUCGUCCGUCACCCUCCACUCCACACAUACACCCAACAUGGUCUCCGCAUCCAAAGCCGCCCGCGAGGCCAAGCGUGCCGCCGCCGGCAAGGACAAGAAGACUCCUGCCUCCAAGGUCUCCUCCAAGGCCGCCUCCAAGAAUGCCUCCAAGGCCAACUCGGAAAAUGGCGAUGUCGAGGACCUGGACAUGAACGAUGAGGUUAAGGCCCUCACCGCGCAGACAGACAAGCUCGGCAUCUCGGACCGUGUCACCACCGGUGUGCUGGCCUCCCUCGCGGCAUCGCGAGACGUCAAGAUCACUUCGGCGUCGCUUGUGUUCCACGGCCGCGUCCUCUUCAACGACACGACUCUCGAGGUCAACUACGGCCGCCGCUAUGGUCUCCUUGGCGAGAACGGCUGCGGAAAGUCGACGCUGCUCAAGGCCAUCGAUCAACGCGAGUUCCCCUUCCCCGAGCACAUCGACAUUUACCUACUGGACAAGGGUGCGCCCGCUACUGAGCUCGGCGCUCUUGACUGGGUUGUCCGUGAGGCCGAAAACGAGCUCGCCCGUCUGGAGAAGCUCGCUGAGGAUAUUCUUGAGAAGGAAGGCCCGGAGAGUCCCAUUCUCGAGGAGAUUUACGAGAAACAAGAGGAGAUGGACCCCUCUACCUUCCACGUUCGUGCUGGUAUCAUCUUGACUGGUCUCGGCUUUAACAAGAAGACAAUCCAAAAGAAGACCAAGGACAUGUCCGGUGGCUGGAAGAUGAGAGUCGCUCUCGCCAAGGCCCUUUUCGUCAAGCCCUCGCUUCUGUUGCUCGAUGACCCGACUGCCCAUCUGGACUUGGAAGCCUGUGUGUGGUUGGAAGAAUACAUGAAGAAGUGGGACCGCACCCUUAUUCUCGUCUCGCACUCUAUGGACUUCUUAAACGGAGUCUGCACCAAUAUGAUCGACAUGCGCAUGAAGCAGCUUCUGUACUAUGGUGGUAACUACGACACCUACACCAAGACGCGCACUGAGCAGGAGGUCAACCAGAUGAAGGCCUACGAGAAGCAGCAGGAUGAGAUUAAGCACAUCAAAAAGUUCAUCGCUUCCGCUGGUACAUACGCCAACUUGGUCCGACAAGCCAAGUCCCGGCAGAAGAUCCUCGACAAGAUGGAGGCCGACGGCUUCAUUCAGCCCGUCAUUCCCGACCGAGUCUUCACCUUCCGCUUCGCUGAUGUUGAGAAGCUUCCUCCUCCUGUGCUCGCGCUCGACGACGUAACCUUCUCUUACUCGGGAAAGCCCGAAGAUAACUUGUAUGAGAACCUCGACUUUGGUGUCGACAUGGACUCCCGAACAGCCCUUGUCGGACCCAAUGGUGUCGGCAAAUCCACCCUCCUCAAGAUUUUCACGGGUGCGCUCUCGCCGACUUCUGGUGUCGUCUCUCGACACACGCAUCUGAAGCUCGGCGUAUACAGCCAGCACUCGGCUGAACAGCUCGAUCUCACGAAGUCGUCUCUCGACUUUGUGCGUGACAAGUUCUCCCACAUUUCCCAGGACCUCCAGUACUGGCGCCAACAGCUUGGCCGCUACGGUAUGACUGGUGAAGGGCAAACGGCCAAGAUGGCUACGCUGUCCGAAGGCCAAAAGAGCCGCAUCGUUUUCGCGCUGUUGGCGAUUGAGAGUCCCAACAUGAUUCUGCUCGAUGAGCCUACCAACGGUUUGGACAUUCCUACGAUUGACAGUUUGGCGGACGCAAUCAACGCUUUCAGCGGUGGCGUUGUCGUCGUGUCCCACGACUUCCGAUUGCUCGACAAGAUCGCAAAGGACAUCAUGGUGUGCGAACACAAGACGGUGCGCAAGUGGGAGGGCUCCAUUACCGAAUACAAGCAGCACCUCCAGAAGAAGAUGAUCAAGGAUGGUAUCCUGAAGUGAGGAACGGGUUUGGACUAACAGUAGAAGCGAUUGCAUGCGUGUUUGAGCUGCGAAUUGGGGCAUGAUUAUUUAAAAGUUACGAGGAGCUGAAUGCAUGCAGUAGGUUUGCAGGAAUAAGCAGCUCGCUGGUCCCGCUCCAGGUGUAUCCUCACGGAAGGGGGCAAGAGCAUCUGGACAUGCUGCACUUCACGAUGCAUUGGGACUUAGAGGCGUUCAUAGACAUGCGUUUGAUGACAAAAUGACAUCUUGUAGAAC